AUGAAUGCUCUAAUCCGCGAGAGUUUGUUUGGACGCCUCUUGAAUUUUUUGACCAGUAACAAGUUCUUGCCAUAUCCUGAACUGGAGAUACCUAAAUUCGAGAUGGUGUCGAAUUCAGUUAUGUCGACCACUUCGGUGACGCCCGAGCCCGGGCAUCAAUUUAUCGUUGAAUUCUCAGGUGACGAUGACCCGGACAUGCCCAGGAACUGGUCACGGUUAUCGAAGACCUUUGUCAUGUUGGAUGUGAUGUUCCUGAAUUUCAGCUUCUAUGCCGCUUCGGCAAUUUUCACACCAAGUAUUCCCGGUAUCAAGGAUCAAUUCGGCGCCACGACUGCUGAAGGAACUCUUGGGCUAUCACUCUUUGUCAUUGCCUAUGGCAUUGGACCUUUGUUUUUGUCUCCACUAUCAAAUCUCCCAGCUAUCGGCCGUACACCGGUCCUUGGGAAAGAACAUUGA